CAACUUCUUAAAGCUCAUCUCGGAAACCUGCAUCACAAAGCGCUGCGAUCUGCGCUGAAGCCCUGCGCGACGGAGCGGAUCUCUGGAUGUGGUUUACAAUGGGACCGGAUCUCACCUUACAAACUGUCGCACGAGGAAAACUAACAUUUACAUUAAACACUGAGACGAUCUGCACUGCAAAUGGAUUUUCAGAGAGACGUGCUACGUUUUAUCUGACACUGUAUGAAGCUGCUUGUAAAGCGUAAUUUCGAAGUUUAGUACAAUGCGGAAACGCAAGGCUUGUUUUUCAUUUCGGUCCACGAUUUUACGGUCCAACUGACCUUUAUGUAACUAACUGAAGGAGCGUUCGUCUGUCUGCGAUCUUGCCUGCGAGCAUCAUCCGUGGAAAGCACUUGGAAUCAGCAUCACCAAUGGCUUGAUCAUCCGGUUCAUUGUCUUUGAAAUGGAUGAUAGAUCCAAUAAACUCCUUUUAGUUCCUGUUUUGACCGUUUUAUUUGUCAUGAUCGGUUAUCAGUACAUCUGUCCAGCAGGGAGCACGUCCUGUCGGUUUGGUAAUGGAGAGAGUUUUCCGUUCUCCAAUUAUCCAGCAGACGUCAAGAGAGACUCUCCGGAUCCGGACGAGGACGCUCCGUUCAGAUUCCCGUCUAAAUUUAACUUCACGCGCGAGGACCUCUAUCGCCACGUGGAUUUCGACAUAAAGGGGAACGACGUUAUUGUGUUCCUCCACAUCCAGAAGACCGGAGGCACGACGUUCGGGAGGCACCUGGUGCGCAACAUCCACCUGGAGCGACCGUGCGACUGCCGCUCCGGACAGAAGAAAUGCACGUGUCACCGGCCCGGUAAAGCGGAGUCUUGGCUCUUCUCGCGCUUCUCCACGGGCUGGAGUUGCGGUUUGCACGCGGACUGGACCGAGCUCACGAACUGCGUCCCUGCUGUGAUGAAUAAAAAGCAAAAGAAAGACGCGCCACUGAACAGACGGAACUUCUACUACAUCACGCUGUUGCGAGACCCUGUGUCGCGUUACCUGAGCGAGUGGAAGCAUGUGCAGCGUGGCGCCACGUGGAAGACAGCACUGCACAUGUGUGACGGGCGUCCUCCCACUCCAGACGAGCUGCCGGCCUGCUACAGCAGUGAAGACUGGACUGGCGUGUCUCUGGAGGAGUUCAUGACCUGUCCCUCGAACCUGGCCAACAACCGACAGACUCGCAUGCUGGCUGAUCUCAGCCUGGUGGGCUGCUACAACCUGUCCUCCAUGAGUGAAGAGCGGCGCGGCGAGCUGCUCCUCAGCAGUGCCAAGCGCAACCUGCUUCGCAUGGCGUUCUUCGGCCUAACUGAGUUCCAGCGCAAAACACAGUUCCUUUUUGAGAGGACGUUUGGCUUGCACUUCAUCACCGCCUUCACUCAGAUUAACGGGACGCGGGCGGCCGGGGUCACGGUUGGGACGUCUACCCGGAGGCGCAUAGAGGUGUUGAACGCAUUAGACAUGCAGUUGUAUGAAUAUGCGCGGGAGCUUUUCUCACGGCGCGUGCAGUACUGCCACCAUCAGGAGCGGCAGGAGGAGAGAGAGAGGAAACGACAGCAACGCAGGAGAAUGAAGGAACAGAAAGCUUCACAGAUUCAACAACAGGAGGACGAUGAAGGAAAAGACUUGGAGCAGGAAAAUACGGAGUUAACUGGGGUGACGGAGGACUACAGCAGUCAGGUGGUGCGGUGGUGAUGCUGAGCUCUCUGGUUCUGUUCAGAAUAACAUACUAGUCUUACUAUCUUGAUAGUUUAUAGUAUGCAUACUGUGCAGAAUAUGCAGUGCACCUACUAUACACUUAAAAACUGUUUUUUCCAUUUUGGGUUCCCCAUUGAACCCUUUUAGUGAACAGUUCUUAAAAUAAAAAAUGUUCUUUCUUUUAAGAAUAUUCAAUAAUCUAAAGAAUCGUUUCUACUAUAAAGAACCUUUAUAGAAUUGAAAGGUUCUAUGCAUGUUAAAGGUUUUUCAUGGAACUUUGCAUGUCAGUAAAGAACCUAAAUGAGCAUUCAAAAGAA